AUGACGCUUCACGGAUUCCCAGGGGAAACAAACUCCAUAGAAAGUUUUGAAGAGCUGGGCCGACAGUUCUUGACCCAAUUGAUGGCGAGCAGAAAGUGCAGAAGACCCUCCGUGUAUUUAUUGACUGUCAAGCAGCUGGAGGAUGAAAGUUUGAAAGCAUAUUUGACACGCUUCAAUAAAGAAAAAAUGACGACCGACCAAGACGAGAAAAUCAUGCUAGCAGCACUAUUGGAAGGUGUUUGGCCGAGAAGCCCUUUCAUGGCCGAGCUGGCUCGAAAAACCCCUUCCACCUUACAAGAGUUCAUGGACAAGGUUGAUGAUUUUAUUAAUGCUGAAGACACCUUGAUCGCUUUAACCACCCAACCAGAAAGGAGGAGUGAGCGGGAAACGAAAGGAGGACAGAGGAAAGACCGAGAUGGAGAACAAAAGGCAAAGAGCGACCAACAAGAGUCAAGGCAAGAUGGUAAUGUAAGAAGGCAUAAUGACGGUUAUGUACACUAUUUGGAAAAAACAAAGGAAGAAGAACCAACUGAGAACAAAUGGCAAAUCGAGAAGUACUGCACUUAUCGUAAGACAAGGGGACACAGAACCGAGGACUGUUACAACCUGAAAUGA